AUGGAUGAAAUCAGCUGGAUCAUCGUCGCCGCCGUCAUCACCUCUCUGGCUCUCCUAGCCUGCAAAAACCACAUCUUUCCCUCACACAACAAGCUCCCACCAGGACCCUUCUCCAUCCCAAUCAUCGGCACCUUCCUCUGGGUGCUGAGAAGCAAAGGAUUCUCCGACCUCGAACCUCCGCUCCGCAAGCUCCGCGACAAGUACGGCUCCAUCGUCAAAAUCCGCAUCUUCUCCCGCCCAGCCAUCUUCAUCUCCUCCCACUCCCUAGCCCACCAAGCCCUCAUCCAAGACGGCGCCGUUUUCGCCGACCGUCCGCCCGCUCCCCCUGUCACCAAAAUCGUCUCCACCAACCAGCGCAACAUCAGCUCUGCCUCCUACGGCCUCACCUGGCGCCUCCUCCGCCGCAACCUCACUUCCCAAAUCCUCCACCCUUCCCGCGUCAGGUCCUUCUCCCGCGCUCGCUCCUGGGUCCUCCACAUCCUCCUCCGCCGUCUCCACCAAGAACAGAGCAGCCAGACCCUGAGGCUGAAGGAUCACAUCCACCACGCCAUGUUCGCCCUGCUGGUGCUCAUGUGCUUCGGCGACAGGCUGGAGGAGGAUCAAAUCCACGAGGUGGGAAGAGUUCAGAGGAGGAUGCUGCUAGGUUUCCAGCGAUUUCAGAUACUCAAUCUCUGGCCAAGUAUCACCAAAUUCCUCCUCCGCCGCCAAUGGAAGGAAUUUCAUCAGCUUCGUCAUGAGCAGCAUCAGGUUCUUCUCCCUCUCAUCAAAGCUAGGAAGGAAAAAUUUGGAAAAGGGGACGGGGAAGAAGAACAAGAAGCACGGAAUUCCUGCUACGUGGAUUCGUUGCUUGAAGUGGAGCUACCCGAUGCCGAAGACAAUGGUAACAAGAGAAAGCUCAACGAGGAAGAGAUUCUGGGGUUGUGCUCCGAGUUACUCGACGGAGGGACCGACACGACUACUACAGCAUUGGAGUGGAUCAUGGCGAACUUGGUGAAGUACCCUGAUGUUCAGGAGAAGCUGUUUCGCGAGAUCGAAAGCGUGGCGGCGGUGGUGGUGGAAGGAAGUGAGGAGGUUUUGGAGGAGGAUCUGGGGAAGAUGAGGUACCUGAGGGCGGUGUGCUUGGAAGGAUUGAGGAGACACCCGCCGGGUCAUUUCGUGCUGCCGCAUUCGGUGACGGAGGACACGGUGCUGGACGGCAAGUUUACGAUCCCCAAGAACGCUGUUGUUAACUUCAUGGUUGCAGAGAUUGGGUGGGAUCCUAAGGUCUGGGAGGAUCCCAUGGCGUUCAAGCCGGAGAGGUUCCUGGAAGGAGGUGUCGAGUUUGAUUUGACUGGAAGCAAGGAGAUCAAGAUGAUGCCGUUCGGUGCUGGAAGAAGGAUGUGUCCUGGGUAUACUCUGGCGAUGUUGCAUCUCGAGUACUUUGUGGCCAAUCUUGUGAGGAACUUCAAGUGGGAAGCUGCAGGGGAUGUUGAUCUGGCAGAGAAGCCCGAGUUUACCGUUGUUAUGAAGCACCCGCUUGAAGUCAAGUUGUCCCCUAGGGUUCGAGCCUCCUCGUCGUAG